AAACAAACAAACAAACAAACAAAUCCUACAGAAAUUCAUUUGACCAAAAAAGCAGCACAUUCAAAAAUCUGAACAGGAAAAAUAAAAAAUGCGAUGAGUUAGGAGGCGAGGUCAAAAGAAGAGCAGCCUGAAAACCAGGACCAGAUGGUGGACCAUGUCCAGGUCCAGAAGCUACACCGCAUCGUGGUCAUGACCGUGAGGUGGACACCACUGCGUCGGCUCAGGGACACUUCUGAAAACCACUGUCUGUGAACGGGUCCAUGUGAGCGACGCAGUCUUAGUACCAGGUGUACAGACGCAGCUCUCAUACCAGAACUACAAAGACCGGAUCACCUGCAGCAGUGGUUCUGGUACUCCACUCCACUCCACUCUGGGUGUGGAUCACUGAGGCUCAGCUGAGUCUGAGUGUGGCCACAGUGUGGAGCUCUGCUGCAGCAGGAGAAGCCCCAGAGCAUGAUGGGAGUGCCCUCCUCCCUCCCGCCCUCACCUGGCUGCAGGUGUAUAAAGGAGGCUUUUUCUCCGGAUGGAAACAGACUCCACACUGAGAUCUUUGUCACAAGCGGGAUUUCCUGCAGAACGAUGGAGACGCUGCUCGCUCUGGUUCUCGCUCUCAGCUUCACCACCGUGGUGUCUCAAACCACGGUGGCUCCCACAUCCGCUAAUGUCACCGCCAUCACCGCUAACUCCACCGCCAUCACGGCUAACUCCACCGCCAUCACGGCUAACUCCACCGCCAUCACCGCUAACUCCACCGCCGUCACCGCUAACUCCACCGCCGUCACGGCUAACUCCACCGCUGGUCCGGCUAACUCCACCGCCAUCACCGCUAACGCCACGGCGGUGACACCAGCCACCCCUCUCAACACCAGCAGUGAUCCGGCGGCGACGCAGAACGCCUCCUCCACGGCUGUAACCUCAAACGGCACGAUGACAUCAUCCCCGGUGACGACAGGCACGACGGCGGCGCCCUCGGCCGGCGGCGGCGGCGGCGUUCCCGGGUGGGCCAUCGCCCUGCUGGUGCUGGCCUCGAUCAUCCUGCUGCUGCUCCUCCUGCUGCUGCUCGCACUGCUGGUGUGGUGGUGCUGCUGUAGGGGGCGCUACGGAGACUUCAGCCUGCGCAACUCCUUCAGGGCCAGAGACGACGUCCCGCUGUACAUCACGCACAACCGCUUCAACACAAGCAACGGACAGCUGCACGACGAUCCGGAAAAACCGAGGAGCUCAUCUGGAACGUUCUCCGUCAGCCAGUAACAAGAAACAGAACCUGAAACCAGAUGACUGAAAAUGAGAAAGCAG